GGAAGUAGCGCGCUAACAUUCUAUAAGCCAGAUUUCGUUCAUUGGGUCAACAUGAUAACACUUUACAAACUCCGAUUUUUGUUAGGAUCUUAUGGAUUUAAACAUGCAAACACAAUAAUAUCAAAUGGACAACUUCUUAACGUCGUCUUACUUCCGUGUUUCGCUUCAGGAAGAGCUGUCCGCUCUUACAGGAAAGACAUUAAUGUUGUUUCUCACUGUAAAGCACUCAAAGGACACUUGUCUCUGAACUCUUUCAGCACUGUCACAGUCAACAGACUCUGUUGGAAAUGCGGAUCUUCUGCGGAAUUAUUUUUCUGUUCAUCCUGUAAUGUGAUCCAACCUCCUGAUGACAAGGCGAAUUAUUUUGACAUCUUGAACUGUGAACAAAAUUUUUCUUUGAACACCCAGAAACUUCAGAAAAGAUAUUUGGAGCUGCAAAGAGCUCUCCAUCCUGACAACUACAGCCAGAAAUCAUCGAAAGAGCAGGAAUAUUCAGAAGAACAAUCAGCAUUGGUGAACAAAGCCUACAGAACGCUGCAGAAACCUCUGAGUCGGGCCGUCUACAUGCUGGAGCUGCGAGGGGUUUUACUGGAGGAAGGUACGGAUGCCACCGCGGACCCUGCGUUUCUCCUAGAGGUCCUGGAGAUCAACGAGAGCCUCGCAGAGACGCGGAGCCAAGACAAGGUCAGCGCUAUCGGCCGGUCUGUGCGAGAGAAACUGAAAGACUUGACUGAACGGAUGAAUUCAUCUCUGAAUAAAGGAGAUCUGCUGACUGCCAAAGAGCUCCUGGCCCAAAUGAAGUACUUCACAAAUAUAGAGGAGAAGGUAAAAGACAGAAUUACAGAGGGCUGCUGAGGGAAAAUUGUAAACUAUUUGCAAUUGUAAUCCAGCUUGGUGAAAAACUCCUGCUUGUGUUUUUAUAGUAGUAUAUUUAUUGUUAAUGGUGUGUUUUUGUUGGAUUAUUGUUGGUAUCUAAAUAAAGUACAUUAUUUUAA